AUGAAAGCGAGUGAUGAAAACGAUGCAAUGGUGAAAUGUCCUGAGCAAUUCAUCGAUUGGGCCACUUGUAUGCAAAAUUUGAAUGCCUCUGUUCUCCCGGAUGGUCGAAUCCAACCCCUGAAUGUCCAUGUCUCUGAAUCAGCUUUGGGCUCACAGAUGCGGUUUUUGAUCCGAGAUGCGAUCACUUGUUUCAACAAUUCGAAGAGUGAGCCAAGAGGCGCCGAGAGUGAAGAGGAGUUCACAGGCAUGCGAUGUGUCUCAUCAAGAAAUGAUCUCUCGACGACACUCACUUCA